UAUCAGGGCCAGUGGAUGGGUGGGAUGAGGCAUGGAUAUGGCGUGCGCCAGAGUGUUCCGUACGGCAUGGCCACUGUGAUCCAGUCCCCGCUACGUACCUCCUUGGCAUCCCUGCGCUCCGAGCAGAGUAACGGCUCCGUGCUCCAGGAUCACUCCGGUGACACGCCGGCCGGCGGCCGCGGCGGGUUCGUCCUCAACUUCCACUCGGACGGCGAAGUGGUCACCGGGAAGAAGAAGAGGGGUCUGUUUCACGGGUCGCUGUUCGGGAGCCUCCGUCGGCUACACAAGUCCGAAUCGAAGUCGUCCAUCUCCAGCAAGAGGAGUUCGGCACACAGCGACGCCGCUAUGAGCCGCAUCAGCUCCUCCGACGCGGACGCCAACUCCACCGUCUCCCUGGGCGACGGAGAGCUGCCGGAAGAGGACUUGCUGUUGGAGGAUCACGUGGACGCCACCACCACCGAGACGUACACGGGGGAGUGGAAGAACGACAAGCGCAACGGGUUCGGCGUCAGCGAACGUUCCAACGGGAUGAAGUACGAGGGGGAGUGGCUGAACAACAAGCGCCACGGUUACGGGUGCACCACCUUCCCCGAGGGGAACAAGGAAGAGGGGAAGUACAAGAAUAACGUGUUGGUUCGUGGAAUAAGGAAGCAGCUGAUCCCGCUAAAGAACCCCAAAACCAAAGAGAAGGUGGACCGGGCCGUGGAGGGGGCGCGGAGGGCAGGGGCCACCUCCAGGACGAAAGUGGAAAUAGCAGCUUCCAGGUAGGUUGUUGAGGUGUGUGAAUGUGUGUGUGUGAAUGUGUGUGUGUGUGAAUGUGUGUGUGUGCAUGUGUGAGAGAGAGAGAGAAAGACAGAAUGAGUGUUCCACCUGUAAAAACACACUCUAUGCAGCAUUCAGAUACGCAAGAUCAAAGCCCUUCCUACAUUCCCAUUCUGCCUGAUAUGA